AACCAAAACCAGCAUCUCCCUCUUCCUUUGUCCGUCCUUCUCGCUCUCUUCCCAUCUGAACUAUGGAGGCUAAGUCACAUGAUUCAUCAUCUUUGGCUGUUCCUCUCAUUGUCGACGAGAAAAAACACCUGCUAGGAAGAAAGCUAGAGGAAGUAGAGUCGGAUGUUGCUUGUCCCACUACAACCACCACAACAUCAUUCUUCACUACAUGUUUCCAUGGACUCAAUGCUUUGUCAGGAGUUGGGAUAUUGUCAGUCCCCUAUGCACUGGCCUCAGGAGGAUGGUUGAGCUUGAUACCUCUUUUCCUCAUCUCCUGCGCAGCAUUCUACACUGCUUUGUUGAUUCAAAGAUGUAUGGAGGCAGAUUCAGAUAUCAGAACUUACCCUGAUAUUGGGGAACGUGCCUUUGGGAGGACGGGGAGACUGGUUGUUUCAGUUUUCAUGUAUAUUGAACUCUACUUGGUCGCAACUGGAUUCUUGAUUCUGGAAGGAGAUAACUUGCAAAAUCUGUUUCCCAACGUGGAAUUUGAGAUUGCAGGAGUAACAAUCAGUGGCAAACAAGGCUUCAUAAUCAUUGUUGCCCUCGUCAUCUUGCCUUCUGUUUGGCUGGAUAGCCUGAGCCUUCUUUCUUACGUUUCUGCUACUGGGGUUGUAGCCUCAGCUAUCAUCCUCGGUUCAAUCAUCUGGACUGGUGCAUUUGAUGGAAUUGGGUUUCACCAAAAGGGAACACUGCUAAAUCUGAAUGGAAUCCCUACUGCUGUCAGCUUAUAUGCCUUCUGUUACUGUGCUCAUCCAGUCUUCCCUACCCUUUACAAUUCCAUGAAAAAGAAACACCAGUUCUCCAAUGUCAUGCUUCUCUGCUUCAUAUUGUGCACCUUCAGUUAUGCAUCAAUGGCAAUCUGUGGCUACUUGAUGUUCGGGUCAAGCGUUGAGUCACAGAUAACUUUAAACCUUCCAAUUGAAAAGCUCAGUGCUACAGUGGCCAUCUAUACCACCCUGGUCAACCCUAUAGCCAAAUAUGCACUGAUGGUUACUCCAAUUGUAAAUGCCAUUAGAAGUCGUUUCCCAUAUGAGGGCAAAAAGCCGUUUAGCUUUGUGGUCAGUACCUCCCUGGUGAUCAGCACUGUUGUAGUAGCUCUCAUUGUUCCCUUCUUUGGUUAUCUCAUGUCUUUGGUUGGAGCAUUCUUAAGCAUCACAGCUUCAAUCAUACUGCCAUGCUUAUGUUACAUGAAGAUAUCAGGAAUUUACCAGAGAUUAUGCUGCGAAAUGAUAGUCAUUAGUGGCAUAACACUUAUGGGUGUUGCUGUUGUAAUAUCCGGUACUUACACAUCUCUUGUGGAGAUAAUAUAUCAUCUGUAAAUGCCAGAUGGGAAGUAUAGCACGUAAUGUUUUAGUUCAUUCUUAAUUAUUUCUUAGACGUGCAUCGCAGAAUUAACUUUUCUUUUUCUUCUUCUUUUUGUUUUUGAUCACAGAAUUAGCUUUUAACAUUUUUAGGCAUGAAAUCCGGACUACUUUAGGAAAACGUCACAGCAAUCCUUCACUGUAAUUUUUUUUUCUUUUUUUGAACUUUUGGAGUACUGAUAUCAAGGAAAUUUGAUAUGAUUGCAACCUAUCACCCUUAGCACAAAGGGUCCACCACAAGAAAUUGAUCAUUUUUCUUGUGCUAGUUCAAGUUAUCCGGCAACUGAUAGAUACCAUCAAACUGUAAUUGAGAAUCGAAUCCCUUGAGUCAAGACGGCUCUCACUCGUCAUCGUCUUCAACCAUUACAAAAUUCCCACUGCUCCUUGGCUCCAACUCUAGCAACUUUCAUACUUGUCAUCAAUAUCAGGUUCAAGAGGUAUUGUUUCUCUGCGCAAAUUUAGGCCUCUUUCAUACGACCAGCACGGUUGUUAGAUUUUUGAGGCAUGAAGAAGGGGUUGAGAGAGGAAUUGGAGGAGAGUAGGAGAAGAGUAGAACAUAGAACAUGAAUUUUACAUAGCCAGGGAAGCGUGCAGACAUUCAUCCAACUGGGAGGAGAGGAGAAAUUGU